AUGGCAGUGGAGAUACUCGAGUCCUGCAUGGUGACGCCCGGCGAGGCGACGCCCAAGCACCGGCUUUGGCUCUCCAUCUUCGACCUCGUCCAGAGCAGGACCCACACUCCCCUGGUUUACUUGUACCGCGCCUGUUCUGGCUCGGCCGCCUUCUCGCCGGACAUCCUGAAGGCAGCUCUGUCCAAGGCGCUUAUUCCCUUCUAUCCCCUCGCUGGCCGCCUCGGAUCGGACAGCACUGGCCGCCCCGACAUCCACUGCACCGGCGACGGGGUACUCUUCGUCACAGCCCGCACGGACGCCACCCUCGACAAGUUGGGAAACCCCGUCCCGUCGGAGGAGCUGCGGCAGAUGCUUGUCCCGAUGGCCGAAGCCGGCGACCACGCCGGCGUCUUGGCCAUGUUCCAGGUGACGUUCUUCGAGUGUGGUGGGGUGUGCCUCGGCACGGCAAUCCACCACACAGUGUGUGACGGCCGCGCAGGUGGCGACUUCAUGCAGAUGUGGGCUGCCAUUGCGAGGGGUGACAGCGAGGCGGCCACGUCGUUGCAGCCAUGCCUCGACCGCACGCUGCUCCGCGGACGUUCGCCGCCGGCAGUGCGCUUCCAGCACCCCGAAUACCCGCGCCAUGGCAGCACCGGCGCGCCGUCGAAGACGUACGACGAGAACGUGCCUUUCGACACUGCUGUCUUCCCCAUUUCCAAGAACCAAGUCGAGGCGCUCAAAGGCGCUGCCGGCGCCGCCAGCGCCGGCACCGGCAAGAAGGUCUCCACUUACAGCGCAGUGGUGGCGCAUGUGUGGCAGUGCUCAUGCAAGGCAAAAGGCCUUAGUGGAACGGCGGAGGACUCUCAGAUAUACGGGGUGGGUUGCCUGCGCUCGCGCAUGUGUCCUCCUCUCCCAAGGGUCUUCUUCGGCAACGCCAUCGCCCUUACGUCAACGACGGUCACCAAGGUGAAGGACAUCGUCUCGAGCCCACUCGACGCCGUCGCCGACAAGGUCACCGCCUCCGCUGUUCGACUGAGCGACGAGUACAUACGGUCGCUGGCGGACUACUUGGAGCUCGCCAUGAACGACGACGCUCCGGGGGGAGUGUACGAGGGGCCCUGGGUCAUCACCGACAAUGACUUGCUCGUCGUGAGCUGGAUUGGGCUGUCCGUCACCGACGUGGACUUCGGCUGGGGCCGGCCGUCGUUUGCCGGCCGGGCCAUCCACAGCAAGAGCAACCUCCUUUACCUUGUGCCUAGCCCAGACGGCGAUGGCCGACUCAACGUCGUCGUUACUAUGGAGCCACAGGCACUGUCUAGGUUCAAGGAGCUGUUCUACGUGGGGCUCAAGCAUUAUUCCCUGCCAUCGCAAAUAGAUGGUGCUCAAGAACAAGAUGCGCGUGUGGUCAAACAUACAGAACUUUAG